ACAGCAUCAUGUCUAACUGAAAAGUGUUUUUGUGACUUCAGGCCAUUGUUUAUAUUUUUACAAUAUCAUGGAUCCUGACAUCAAAAGCCUUAUGUGCCAAAGAGACAAGUGGUAUGGUGAUGCAAUCGAAUAUUGGAAGGAAGUUUCUGCCGAUUUAGAUGGUAUGCUUGGAGGAUAUGAAAAGAUUUCUCCAAUUGAAUUAGAUGCGUCAAGAAAAUUCCUUGCUGAACUAAAGAAAAAGUCAAUUUGGACAUCUGGAUGUGAAAGAGCAUUAGAUUGUGGGGCUGGAAUUGGCAGAGUUGCAAAACACUUACUGAUUCCAGUUUUCAACAAAGUUGAUUUGCUGGAGCAAAAUGCUAAUUUUCUGACAGCUGCAAACAAUUAUUUGAGUGGAAACAGUGAAAAAGUUGGCAACUUAAUUCCAGAAGGCAUCCAAGAUUUCAAACCGAAGGAAAAAAUGUAUGACAUUAUUUGGUUUCAAUGGGUAGUUGGACAUUUAACUGAUGAUGAUUUUGUGACAAGCUUGCAAAGAUUCAAAGAUAGUCUCAAAAAUGGGGGGUUGAUAUGCAUCAAAGAUAAUGUUGCUGGUGGUGAAGCAGUUUUUGACAACAAUGAUAGUAGUGUAACUAGAACUCAUGAACAAUUUGUGAAAAUAUUUAGAGCAGCAGGUCUGACAAUUCGACUAAAGGAAACGCAAAGAAAUCUACCAAGAGAACUUUACAAAGUGAAUAUGUACGCCUUGUCUUGAUAACUGUAUACAGCAAUAAAAAGACGACUGACUUCAUGAGAUCAUUCCAGAAAUGGCAAGACAAAAAAAUAGUCAUUCUUACAAUCAUGGUCGCGUAUACUGUGAAAUUGAUAACGCCUGGUGCGUUAAACGAUUAAAGUAAUCAGAGAUACGAAACACUUAAACUGAGUUGGCCUUUCAUGUUGAGUAUAUUUUGUCAAUUGAAUACGAAAAGUAGGAUGAGUAAAUUGUUAAGUAAAUUGGUACCAAAAGCGUAUGCUUAACCCUGCAUCUUCUCCAAGAAAACACCCGCAUUACCCUCCAAAGGAUUUUCUUUACUUAGGUGUUUAUUUUUACUAUCUACCUAUAUUUUCAUUUUUUCUUCAGUACCGUUGGAACGGAAUUCAUAUUUGGGGGGACUGUCCAUUGUAUUCCUUCUCAUUCAAUACAAUGUAAUAAAGGAAGUAUACUACAGUUUGACCAUCAUUAGGGGGGCUCUAGCCCGUAUCCCCAGUCCCCCGGUUCCGACGGCCCUGUUCUUGGAAAUAUUUGAUCUCCGAUCCUGCGAAGAAAAAGUUCCUUAAGAAUACGAAAACCUAGUAAUUAAAAUAACAUAUGCAGUAUAACCCUGUAUCUACAUUAAAUAUAUCAUUUUAUGAUGAGCUGAACGUUUUGCUGGAAAUUUUAGGCUAUUUAAAAUUACAUCAGGACUUGUAGACUAUUGAACAUUAUAUUUCUUUAAGCAAUAGGCAAUAGACAAUGUUUAUGAAAUACAAUUGUUAGCUAGAAAGUAUGACGUGGCUAAAUAUAUGCAUUUAGAAGUUUUAAUACAGUACCAAGUAGUUAAAAUACAUGAAUCUAGAAGUUCUACAAAAGUACCACUUGGUUUAGAUCUAUGAAGUUUUAUAUUUUCGUUUGUCUUUACCCAGUAAUAGUGCGAUGUAUGAAAUUUUAUUGAUAGUGUCCCAUAUUUCCAGAACCAGUACAGUUCUUUACUGUUUUCUGCUGUAAUUUGAAUUCUGUUGUUAGUGUAUUAAAUACCUAUUAUUGUUUAAAUUGUAAUUAAGUCAGAUUUUAAGCCCGGGUUUCGUUUGUAUUUUCGUAUUUGCUAGUUAUAUGUAAUUUAUGUUUCACUUUAAAAACCACUGUCAACCAACAAAGCCGCCUUAUUUAUGCUAGCAAUUCCCUUUUCCCUCUUUUUUGUUGUUGUAGGUUUAGCAUUAGAUGAAAUAAACUUAAUCGUGAAACUUUCCCAACAUUAGCUGUUUAUCGAAAGUUUCUUUUCUAUUGAAGUUUCUUCUCAAUGUUUGCUAUUGGUCAUGAGUCGCAGCUUGAACUUCAAAUUGGAGAAACAAUAUAAUAGGGAGAUGCUUAGAAGCCUUAAGGAUAGCCUAAACAAGGGAGGAGAGGCUGAGAAAAUAGGGGAGGUUGGGUCAUGAUUGUUGAUUUUGAAAGAAUCAGAAUUUUGAAAGAAAGACAGCAGUGGCGAUGCCAAGAGGUGGUAUGGAGGGGUAAUUACCCCCCCCCCCACUUUUGUCGAAACAUGGUCUACAUAUUUCGUCUAAAAACGGAUUAAAAAGCACUAGGUAGGGGUAGAUCAUAUUUCCUAAGGAAAUUUGACCUGAUACAAAGCACUGAAACGAGGCAGAUAGGGCGUUGUCUCAUGGGCAACACCCAUUACCCUCCCACUCUGCAGUAGCUGGCACCGCCACUGGAAAACAGGCUAUAUGAAUCUGGGAAGCACGAGUAAAUAUUCAAAUGUUGACAACUCUAGAAAGGGAAAAUGAGCCUGGUGAAAAGUGCUAGCCCUCUGGCCCUCCUUUUGUGCAGCCGAUGUGAAAAAAUGC